AUGGAAACCAAUCCAAGAAAACUAAGAGCCUAUUGUUUCAUAUGGCUAAUUGUAUGUUUAUUUGUGUUGAUUGUAUGUGCAAUAUUAUCCAGAGCAGAAGAAAAUGUCGAAAACGAUGAUGAUCAUUUGCCAAGGAUUUACUCCGUUUUGGUUGAAGGUGAACCAUUGGCCUUUCGUGAUGCUGCUAACAUCAACAGCAAAGCUAUGGCAUUUGAAGCAAAGAAGAUAGAAGAGAUUCAUGACGAAAUACUUGGAACCACACUUGAAAAUGGAAGUUAUACAAAGCUUUAUAGCUUCAAACAUAUCAUCAAUGCUUUCGCAGUCCGUACUACUCCUUCUCAGGCCACGAAACUGAGGAAAGCAAAAGGAGUAAAGGCAGUGGAAGAAGACAAAGGAGUGAAACUAAUGACAACUUACACUCCCGACUUCUUGGACCUUCCCCAACAAGUCUGGCCAAAGAUCUCCCGUGAAGGCGAUAGACGCGCAGGAGAAGAUAUUAUAAUAGGUUUUGUGGACACCGGAAUUAACCCUACUCAUCCGAGCUUUGCCGCACUUGAUCUCACUAACCCUUUCUCAUCAAAUCUCUCACGUUUGAAUUUCUCCGGCCAUUGUGAGGUCGGUCCUCUCUUCCCCGCCGGAUCUUGUAACGGAAAAAUCAUCUCCGCUAGGUUCUUUUCCGCCGGAGCUCGAGCUUCCGUCGCUCUCAAUGCCUCCUUGGAUAUACUCUCUCCGUUCGAUGCGUCCGGUCAUGGAAGCCACGUGGCAUCCAUUGCAGCCGGGAACGCCGGAGUUCCGGUGAUCGUAGACGGAUUCUUCUACGGCCGAGCCAGCGGUAUGGCUCCACGCGCACGAAUAGCCGUUUACAAAGCGAUUUAUCCAUCAAUCGGAACUCUUGUAGACGUUAUUGCAGCCAUCGACCAAGCAAUAAUGGACGGCGUAGACGUGCUAACGUUGUCGGUAGGGCCGGACGAACCACCGAUAGAUAAGCCGACGGUGCUCGGGAUAUUUGACCUCGCAAUGUUAUCGGCUAGGAAAGCAGGGGUCUUUGUGGUUCAAGCCGCAGGAAAUCAUGGCCCAUCACCGUCUUCCGUGUUGUCUUAUAGUCCGUGGGUUGUUGGCGCGGCCGCUGGAAGUACGGACCGAUCUUAUCCUGCAUCGCUCAUACUCGAUGGUGGCGAGACCGUUCAGGGUGUUGGACUAUCAGGCCCAACUUUGGGAUCUCCUUUCCUUCAACACAGGCUAGUCUUAGCCAGAGACGCAGUCAGAACAAAUGGCUCAAUUUUACAAACUCUAACCGGAGACACUGAAGAAUGUCAACGGCCGGAGAAUUUCGAUCCGGCAUUGGUUCUUGGAAGUAUUGUGAUUUGUACAUUUUCCGACGGCUUCUACAAACAAACCUCGACAGUCCGAGCCAUCACCCGAACCGCCAGGACUCUUGGUUUCAUGGGUUUCAUACUCGUUGCAAACCCUAAAUUCGGAGACUAUGUUGCAGAGCCAGUGAUAUUUUCGGGUCCCGGUAUUCUAAUCCCAAAAAUAUUAGAUUCCCAGAUCAUUUUGAGGUACUACGAGGAGAAAACCUACAGAAACAAGGGAGGGAUGGUAAUGCAAUUCGGGGCACGAGCACGAAUAGGCGAAGGCCGAAACUCGGUAUUUGCUGGACAAGCACCGGUGGUGAGUAGAUUCUCAUCGAGAGGCCCAGCUUUUAUCGAUGCAAAUCGGAAUCCUCUAGAUGUGCUUAAGCCAGAUAUUCUUGCACCUGGUCACCAAAUAUGGGGCGCUUGGAGCCUUCCUAGUGCCUAUGAUCCUAUUCUCACAGGACGGAACUUUGCUAUAUUGUCGGGAACCAGCAUGGCAGCUCCUCAUAUAGCGGGAAUUGGCGUGCUGAUAAAGCAAAUUAAUCCUUCUUGGACUCCGGCCAUGAUUGCUUCGGCCAUCUCCACCACGGCCAAUGAAUACGACAAUUCUGGUGAAGUUAUAUCUGCAGAGUCUUAUGGGAUCAACGAAUUGUUUCCGUCUAAUCAUUUUGAUCAUGGUGCUGGUCAUGUUAAUCCUGCUAGAGCCAUAGAUCCAGGACUGGUUUUACCGGCAGGUUUUGAAGACUACAUUAGUUUCUUGUGCUCACUGCCAAACAUUAAUCCGGCCACGAUUAGAGCAGCAACCGGAGUCUGGUGCACCACCGUGCUUAGCCACCCGGCUAACCUUAACCAACCAUCAGUGACUAUAUCUUCACUUAGAGGGUCACUUGUAGUGAGAAGAAGUUUCCAAAACGUCUCCAACAAGACCGAGAUAUAUCUUGGUUCAGUUUUACCUCCUAAUGGUACAGUCGUACGGCUAAGCCCAUCUUGGUUCACUGUACGGGCACAGAAAAUCCAAGAUUUGGACAUAGAGUUCAAUGUCACAGAAGUCCUAGACCAGUUUACAUUUGGUGAAAUUGUUCUUACCGGAAGCUUGAACCAUAUUGUAAGAAUACCGUUGUCGGUUAAGACCGUACGGCUUUGA